AUGGGUUCACUCGGACCAACAUCCAAGUCCAAGGUCUCGCCCCGCGAUAUCGAUGCUAUCAAGCAGUUACUUGCGGGGACCUCCGCAACUGUGGUAACACCAGAUGACUCCGGCUACCAUGACACGAUCAAGCGCUGGUCUAUGGCAGCCAGCAAGCCUGCUGGUGUGUCUAUCUUGCCUACGACUGCCGACGAAGUCGCCAAAGUCGUGAAGUAUGCGUCCGAGAACAACCUCGACCUCGCCGUAAAGGGUGGAGGUCACUCGACCGCCGGCGCCAGCUCGACAGACGGAGGCCUUCUCUUUGAUCUUGGCAAGAUGCGCAAGGUCACAUUCGACAAAGAACGGGAGGUCCUGGUAAUCGGUGGUGGGGCUAACUGGGGCGACGUUGACGAGGAGGCUUAUAAGUUCGGAUACGCUACCGUCGGUGGCACAGUGAUGGAUACAGGUGUAGGUGGACUGACACUUGGCGGAGGAUACGGCUGGCUCAGCGGGCAGUACGGUCUCGUCAUCGAUAAUCUGCUGGAAGUCGAACUCGUCCUUGCAUCAGGCGAAAUCAUCCGCGCUUCCAAAACACAGAACCCUGACCUCUUCUGGGCUCUGUCCGGAGCAGGCCAGAACUUCGGUGUGGCCACCGAGUUCGUCCUCCAAGCCAAGAAGCUCGAGAACACCGAAGUCUGGGCUGGCAUGCUCGUCUACCCACCCGCACCCGGUAUCCUCGAGAAGCUCGUCACCGCCGUCAACAACCUCUACAUGAUCGACCCCGAAACCGGCAAGACCAAAGUCAACGGCAAAGGCGGCGGCGGCCUAGGCUUCGCCCGCCCACCCGACGCCGGAGGCGCAACCAUGAUCCUCACCCCAGUAAUCUACUUCGGCACCAAAGACGAAGCCGAAACAGUCUACAAAGAACUCAUCGACAUCGGCCCCGUAGCAAACACAACCACCAUGGUCCCCUACCCCACAAUCAACAACCUCCUCGCCCCGCCCUACGGCCUCCGCGCCAGCAUGAAAGGCGCUGCCUUCGAACUCCCCAUCCGGCCCGAAUUCGCGCAAAAGAAUUUUGACGAGUACACGAAAUUCAUGGACGCGAACCCGGACGCCGGUAUUAGCAUGCUCCUCUGGGAGCUCUUCGACCCUGCGAAGAUUAACGAGUUGGACCACGGGUGUUUCGCGAACCGCGGCCUGCACUUCAACGGGAUGAUCUGUCCAAUCUGGACGGACCCCAAGAACGACCAGACGUGUCGGUUGUGGGCGCGGGAGAUGAAUGAGAUGUGGAAGAAGGAGUUGGAGGAGCAUAGUUCGAAGGAGGUGGGCGGGGGAGGGGAGGCGCCGGCGAGCGUUGUAGGGAAAAAGCGGGCGACACAGUUCUAUGGGAAUUAUGAUCAUUAUGAUGAGCGGAGUAGGGAUAUUUUGGGGAGAAUUAUGGAAAACUACAGGGCUUGA